AUGUCUCCCCAGAUCGACAAAGAAGCAUCUUCACAACCAGAGCCUCGUGCUUUAGACGCUUACAAUGCUGCACCGACCCUUGAGGAAAUCAUUCAACUGACACAACAAGAACUUACCGCAGCGCAGGAGGACGACUCGAUUGUAGAAUGCGGCCGCGCAGCUUUAUCCCUGUUACAUGCGAAUCCGAACCUGGCCGCAAAGCUUGCAUACCAAAAGCUGCAUGAUGUCCCAUAUAAAGAGGUCAAGGAGUGCUGGAGGAGAUUGUAUACGGAUGCCGCCUUGUGGAGAGUCUUGAGUACGACCGAGGGCCGAAAGAAGCAAGCACACCUGAACGAAGAAUGGAUAGACGAGGUGGUCGUACUACUUGACUGGGCGCUCAUUUUGACCGCUGUUCCAAGGAGAGAGACUGUUGUAGAGCUGUGGUUUGCUGCGCUGGAAGAGGAGCUGUCUACUCGUGCGUCUGGCCAUGCGGCACCAGAUCCCUUGGAGCGCCCAGCGAAGAAGCCGAAAUUCGACAACGUCGUUUCGAUACCAUCAGUCUUUCCAGCUACCGUUGUCAAGUCUCCUAUGACAUUGCGUCACUGCCUUCCUCGAUGCGACAGACCGAGUCUAUCCGCUUUCCAGAGAAAACUCUCAUCUCCAGCAACCCAUACACCCGUCAUCAUUGAGAACGCAUUACAACACUGGCCCGCACUAGCAGAGCGUCCAUGGAGCGAUCCAAGAUAUUUGCUCAAACGAACACUCGGCGGCAAGCGCCUGGUUCCCAUUGAGACCGGCCGAAGCUAUACAGACUCCGGUUGGGGUCAGAAGAUCUCCACUUUCAAAGACUUCAUGACAACCUAUAUGCUCGAGAACGAUACCCUAUUUCAGGAUAAAUCUCAAACAGGUUACCUCGCCCAACACGAUCUCUUCGCCCAAAUCCCAUCUCUACGCGCGGACAUUUCGAUCCCAGAUCUUUGCUACUGUGAUCCUGCACCGAACUCUUUGCCAAAUAUCAAAGAAACUCACAAGCUCGAAGAUCCUCUUUUAAAUGCCUGGUUUGGUCCAAAAGGCACAGUAUCGCCGCUACAUACCGAUCCGUACCACAACAUACUGGCGCAGGUGGUGGGACACAAGUACAUCAGACUGUACGCCCCAGAUCAGACUGAAUCCCUGUACCCGAGGAGCAUAGAUGAGAAUGGCGUGGAUAUGAGUAACACAAGUUUGGUAGAUUUAGACGAAGCCAUUGAAUUGUUUCCCGAGAUAGGUUUAGGACAAGAAGGUAACCCUGUUCCACAUUCACAGGCAGAGAUAGACAGAGGAGACGCUCAACAAAAGAAGCUAGAGUUUGAGGCACGAUUUCCGGGCUUUGCGGCUGCUAAGUACAUUGAAGGUAUUCUGGGACCCGGUGAAUGUCUCUACCUUCCACCAGGUUGGUGGCAUUACGUCAAGAGCUUAAGUCCGAGCUUUAGCGUAAGCUUCUGGUUCAAUUGAUCUGUCUCUUGUCAUCCUAGCCCUCCUGCCAUAAGGCCUCCCGAAGUUUGAACUUGACAUGGGGUUAACGGUCUUCUCUUGUUAACCCCGUGAGGGGUACAUAGCAUUCAACCAACGACAUAAAACGCAGCUAAUGGGCCUUUCAUAUUCCCAGAGACGCACAGUUCACUUCAAGUACUUCAUUUUCUUGACGAACUUGAUAAGUACUAGCACCAUGUCCACUACCGCUGAGCAACGUAUCAUCCUCGUGACAGGUAUCUUUCAUUCCUUGUCUACAGUCCUACUUCUCCCCAUACUAACUAUCAUAGGUGGGAACAACGGCAUAGGUUUCGAUACAGUUGCUGCGCUGGCCGCGGCCUCACCAACCAACUAUGUCAUAAUCGG